GGCGAGGCGGCGGCCUGAUGGAUAGCUCUCCGCACGAGUGAGCAACGGCGAUGGGCGGCAAAGGAGCCCUGGCUCCUCCAAUGGCAGCGCGAGUUGCCAUGUGACGGACCAGGAAGCGGCUGGUGCGCCCGUCUGCAGAGUCUCUCAUUGGACAUUUGAAGGAGGACAAAUAAUUUUGGCACCUUAGCAGCUGAGAAGCUUGCAGAUGGCUCCGCUGCGGCACGCGGAGCUGGUUCAGACCUCCCUGCAGCUGUAUCGCUACCUGCUCCGCUGCUGCAAGCAGCUUCCCGAGGAGAGCAUCCGGCAGCAUUACAGGCACGCCAUCAGGCAGAGCUUCCGAGUUCACGCUGAUGAAGACGAUCCUGAGCGAAUCCAGCAGAUUAUCAGGAGAGCCAUUGAAGAUGCUGACUGGGUCAUGAAUAAAUAUAAAAAACAGAAGUAGAAGGGGAAUGAUGAAGACAAGACUGAAAUCGGUGACCAUCUUUGGAGGACUUGCAGCCAUCGAGCCCAGUGCUAUCUUAUUGCUUGGAGUUUUCUCUUAGAUAAUACAAAUUCAUAUCUCAUUGCAGUGUCAUGAAGCUAUAUUGAUAUUUUGGAAGCUAUUUGAGUCUGUAGAUUAAAAGUCACAAUCUAGGUUCCAAGUAUUGGCUUGUACAGUCACAAACUUAGGUUAAAGACCAAACUUGUCUGAGCUUUGAGUAGCACAGAGCUGCUGGGAAUGGAAAUGUAAUGGAGCACAAGUCAGUAACAAGUAAUGAACUGUGCCCUGUCUGCCUGUCACACCUGAUGGAUUGCAGCACCUCAUCUGAAAGGACUGAGCUGCCCUCUGAGCAGCUCUGAGGUGUGUGCUAGGAGACCCAGACCUGAGAAGUGCUCACGGAAGAUCUGAGCACAUCUCUCUGUGCUUGCUUGUGCAGCUGAUCACGCUGUCAGGCCUAGAUCCAGCCCUGCAUAGCUGUGGCUGAUACACUUACCCCGUGGGUUAUUGGAUGGCAAGGCUCUUCUGCCUCAGCAGCAGUGGAUGUGUUUGUGUCACAUCUGAAUUAGGGCAGCCUGCUAUGUCAGCUCAUCCUCUGCCAGCACCACAGGUAGGUUUUCAGUGUGCAGCAGAGGUGUGACCAGAGCACAGACCUGGCUCUAGUCUAGUAGCAGACACAGAAGCAGGGGCUGCAGAGCAGAGAAUGGAUCCACAAGAGCUUGAAGCCCAUCUGAGUCUUGAAUCACAGUAUUUCCCACCUGCCUGCCUGUGCCAUGGCCAGGUCUGCAUUCCAGCCUAGAUCUGCACCUGAUCUAAUGGUUGCCUCUUCCUAGAGAGGUGGCUGUCACCCUGCUCUUGUGUAAGCUGGCACUGCUCAGGUGGGCUUUGUGCACCAAAUGGUGGAAGCACUGAGAGGUGUGAUGUACAGCUGUGAGUGAAGGCCUUCACAACAUUUUGCACCGUGGAAUGAAUGCCCUGAGCCUGUGUUCUGUUUAAAACCACCACUCUGUCACCACCCUCAUGGAUUCUCGUCGGGGAAAACUCAACAAC